AUGAGACAAGGCAAUGAUACCACAAUUUCAGAAUUUCUUCUCCUGGGAUUUUCAGAGGAACCAGCACUGCAGCCCCUCAUAUUUGGGCUUUUCAUCUCCAUGUACCUGGUCACUGUGUUGGGAAACCUGCUCAUCAUCCUGGCCGUCAGCUCAGACUCCCACCUCCACACACCCAUGUACUUCUUCCUCUUCAAUCUGUCCUUUGUAGACAUCUGUUUAACCUCCACCACUGUCCCAAAGAUGUUGGUGAACAUCCUGACACAGAGCAAAGUCAUCACCUAUAAAGGUUGCAUAACACAGAUUUAUUUUUUCAUACUAUUUGCAAUGUUGGAUAACAUCCUCUUGACCAUAAUGGCCUAUGACCGGUUUGUAGCCAUCUGCCACCCCCUGCACUACAUGGUCAUCAUGAACCCCCGGCUCUGUGGACUGCUGGUUCUGGUGUCCUGGACCAUAAGUGGCCUGAAUUCCUUGUUACAAAGCAUAAUGGUAUUGCAGCUGUCCUACUGUACAGACUUUGAAAUCACCCACUUUUUUUGUGAAAUCAAACAGGUUGUCCAACUUGCUUGUUCUGACACCUUUCUUAAUAACAUGGAGAUGUAUUUUGUAACUGCACUACUGGGUGCUGGUCCCCUCGCUGGUAUCCUUUACUCUUACUCUAAGAUAGUGUCCUCCAUUUGUGGAAUCUCAUCAUCUCAGGGGAAGUAUAAAGCUUUUUCUACCUGCUCCUGCCAUCUCAAUGCGAUCCUCAGCCUCCUCAGCUUGUACAACGCUGGGGGACAGGGCAUGGUUCUGCUUUUGAUUCCUAAGCUGGCACAGGAACUGAUGCUUCACUCCUUCCUGCUGUCUCAUGUGGGGCAGAGCGUCAGUCUCAUCAUCAACCAUCCAGGGAGCAAUUCAGACUUCCACACGGAGACCUUCCUCUCAGAGACCCCACCCAGGCAAAUGAAUGUAGAUAUGAGUAGCUUGAAACAGCAGUGA